AAUCCGCAGAAGAAAAAUAUAUACGGUUAUUAAUCAUGGUUUGCCAAAAGAAUGUCGUCGAUGAAGUCUCGGGCUGGCUCAGGGUUUUUGAUGACGGCUCCGUCGACCGAACGUGGUUGGGGCCGCCUCAAGUCAAGUUCUUGACCGAGCCCGUCCCCGCCCACCCCGAGUUUGUGGACGGUGUUGCCAUCAAUGACGUUGCCGUCGAUGAAAAGACGGGCCUUCGAGUCCGAAUUUACUUACCCGAAGUCCAGCUUGAGGGCGAAAAACAAUUGCUUCCUAUUAUUCUUCAUUUUCAUGGCGGCGGCUUUUGUAUAAGCCGAGCCGAUUGGUACAUGUACUACCACAUGUAUGCCCGGCUUGCCCUCACGGUUCAGGCCAUUUGUGUCUCGGUUUUCCUUCGACCCGCCCCCGAACACCGCCUCCCAGCCGCAUGCGAUGAUGGCUACGCUGCCCUCCUCUGGCUGCGGGACGUGGCCAUGGAUCGGGCCCAUGAGCCUUGGCUCGAGCAAUAUGGGGACUUCGGCCGCGUUUUCCUCAUUGGGGACAGCUCGGGCGGAAACCUAGUCCAUGAGGUGGCUGCACGGGCCGUGUCCGCGGAGUUGGGUCCAGUGAGGAUGGCCGGGGGAAUUCCAAUCCACCCGGGCUUUGUCCGAUCCGAGAAAAGCCAAUCCGAGCUUGAGCAGCCCGAGUCGCCAUUCCUCACUCAAGCCAUGGUGGACAAGUUGUUGAGUCUAGCGUUGCCACUCGGAAGCAACAAAAACCACCCGAUAACGUGCCCCAUGGGGGAGGCGGCCCCACCGCUUCGGGGGUUGAAACUACCACCCAUGCUGCUGUGUGUGGCGGAGAGGGACAUGAUAAAGGACACCGAGAUGGAGUACUACGACGCCAUGAAGGAGGCCGGGAAGGACAUAGAGUUGCUAGUGAGCCGAGGAAUGGGUCAUGGCUUCUACUUGAACAAGAUUGCGGUGGACAUGGACCCGGACACGAAGGCCCAAACCCAUCAGCUCAUUUUAGGUAUCAAAGAUUUUAUUGAGAGACGCCAAAGUUAAAUACGUACACCAAAUACACCGAAAGAUAUAUAUAUAUAUAUAUAUAUAUGCAGUGAUAACUUUCUAUUUAGAAAAAUUAAUUACUUGUGUGUUCUAUAUUUGUAUCUUCAACUUUAAAUGUAAGGAGAACGGAAAAUGUGCAAGUAAAUGUCGAAUUAGAAUUAAUAAAGCCUUUUACUCUAGAUAAC